ACAACUUCUUCAAGUAGUUCUUCUGGAGGUGACGUAAAUAAUGUGAGUCACGGCAUACUGAAAGUCAAAACAGACGAACUCCAGAAAUCAGAAGAAGAGGGAGAACAAAAUGCUGCAGUACCACCUGAAAAAUCGGAUGAUGGUAAAAUGGCUGUGACGAUCACUAGGAGUGACGGCAGUGGAGGAUCUGGUGUAGCUGUUAAGGUGUUUGAACCAAGUCAGAAGGAAGUCGACGCAUCAGCAGCCCAAGAGAACGACGAAGAGGAGGAAGAGGACCCGGACGAGCAAGAAGAUCUUGGGCUCGACUUGAACCAGCUGCUUUCUUCCUGCCCUAAUGUGUCGAUCAAGGACAUUGUGCAAUUAUGACCUGAGAUUGUCUAAGUAGUACCCGUUCUCGGUAAACAGGCAGUACUUGUUUAUUCGAACAACUAGAAGUGAUGUAGGUGUUAAGUACUUUCAUCUCGACAGUCAUCAUGCUGAACCUGAAGAAGUCACUUGAAUUAGAGUUUUUUUCUUGAUUACCUUAGACUUGACAAGUGAAGGAAGAACAGAAUGUUCGUAACCCUUUUCGUAAUUGUGUACUGCACCAAAGCCAAACACCCAGACCUUUUCAUACUACACCCAGACCUCUUCCAUCUUCCCCCUCCUUUUCAUCUUCGGAAAACGGGCAGCUAGGACAGAUGUCCUUAAUGGAAUUGAUGACGCAUAUCCAGAUGAAAACGGCACUUCCCGGACUCGGGAACCUAGGCUCAUUCCCGGGUGUGGCGCAGACGCCAACUGGACAGAAUUUUUAAGGGUCAACAAACACAUAGAGAAGUACUAGAAGGUCUACUUCCACCUAACACCUCUAUUAGAAGAAGGCUACGUCUACAAAAAGGUCACUGAGAUUGAGAACGAAACUUGCCCCCGUGGGUGGCCAGAAAUGUGUUCCUGAGAGCAUUUGUAGUUGCUCCUUCCAUCUGAUGGUUGGGAGUGCUUCAAAUGACGAGUUGAUCAGUGCUCGGCCCUGUCUUUUGUUCACCUCGCAGGGUUUGAGAUGGACGCCUUUUUUUCAGCAUCGGUCUGGCGUUGGUACUGCAACAAAACAACACAUUUCUCCGGAUCUGCCCUGCAUGGUUUUUUGCCGCAACUUGUCGGCGCUUUUUUUUUGUGCCCCCUUAGCAGGUCCCCUCGUUGUACUUUUCAGUGCGGUAUUCCGGUUUCCCCGGUUUUGUAUUUUCCGGUCUUUUGCGUGCAAGAAGACGUCGAUCGGGAUCGUGCGACGGAUGGAGCUUUCUGCAGCACUGGAAGCCUCUGCGGCCGUCUGGGUGGGACGCGGAAAGGAUGCGUGACAAGUGACGAAGGGGAGACUUCGCUUGAAGAGAUAAGAAAACUAGCGUAGUGUCGACUUACUGACGUGACUAAGCAGCAUGUUUUUAUAUAGGGUCUUACACCAGAUCCAGAAUAUUGGCUAUCAGCUAGUUCUUUUUCACCGAUUGUUGAGCGCGUCGAUGUGGGUAGAAGAAGUAGGUGGCACCCUGCUCGCCCCGACCUGUGUGUCUACGCUAAGUGUGAGGCGAUCGGCAUAUCGCUGGGAAUUGUGGCGUAGUCAUUCCCUCAACCUCCUAGUUUUCGAUCAUCUCUAAAAUCGGCGGGUUCGUAGAGUAUAGCGUGAUAGAGGAACACUAGGUUCCGCCUGCCGCCGGUUUGCGAACUGGAUAAAGCUGAGGCCGCUCUUUCAGUAGCCCCAGGAUACAAAAAAAAAUGAAACUUUUUCUGAUAUCUCCAAAUCCAGACUCAACUGGGCAAUACUGUAAAUUACUAUUAUGUUUUCAGGGUUGUAUGGCGGGGCUGUGGCUGAGCUUGAGUGACUGUGCGACCUGUGGAGGUUCUGAUGGAGUUUUUGACACAACGAACGUCUAAAUUUUCUUAGACCCGAACCUAGGCCAGAGCGCAGCUGCUUUGCGGCGACCUAGCUACGAUACGGUGAUGAUGCGUGGUCGAGUGAUCAAUGCUGGUAUUCCGUUUCGGAAGUGCAAUUGUAAGGGAAACAUCCACACGUGCAUGAGUCCGAUGACAAGCGAGGUGCAAAGUAUGAUACACUUAAGGCUUCCCGUAAUUCAUCUUCAGGGACAUCUUUGACACGUUUUCAAGGGGAAAACGCGCCAAAGAGGACCUCCAAGAUCAAUCUAGGUCAGCUCUAAGAUGCACGCCCUACUGGGGGCGCAGUCUGCAUCAGUCACAGGUUGCGAGCAUAUCGCAGUCGCGGGACAACUCCUCAAGCGAGGAGGAACAAGAAAAAGAGAAGAAGCCAGGCAGCCAACGGGGAUCAUUGAAGGGAAGGCUCAAGAGUCCAAAGUAACAGCUUAUUAACACUAAUUAUAGCUCCACCUACUCUGAAGCCAUUUGAUUUAUAGGAGCUUACGUUGGCUCGACCUGUAGAAAUAAGUGCGAAAUAACCAACAACAUGGUGAAGUAGGUACAACAAGCUUUUAGUUUAUUCUCUUAAUUUCCUUAAUAUUUCACAACCUUUUAGUUUCUCUUAAUAUUUCACAUCUCUUUUUCACGACAUCUCUUUACAGGUACAAAUACACAGUGAAGUAUAACUUCGCGAAAAAAAAGGACGAGGAUUCGUCACCAAGUUCGAGCGCAGGUCAGGUGGAGGAAGAAACUGAGCUAGAUGUUGCGACGUCGAACAACACUGCCUUCAACCGACAAAAGUCUUUGGAAUUUGUUCGGCAGAGGUCUGGCUCCUUAAAAAGGAAACAGUUAUCACCUGUGGCGGCGAAUGCAAGUGCCUAUGGAUUGGCUGUUGAUUGUUCCAUUUCCUAUCCGUUUAUAGUUUUGAUCAUUUGAGUAAAUCGCUUAAUAUUUCUCUCCUAUUUCUCUCUUCUCUCCCUGAUUUGUUCUGCGCCGUUCAUCCUCCCAACUCUGGCGAAUCUGCCAGUCCUAGUGGUUCCUCAGCAGCAUCCCCAGAUGGUGGCAGUCCUAAUGGGUCCAAGACUUUGGGUGAUCUGUGGAUGGAAGAGCAGCAAGAUUUCUACUGUCCAGAAGUCCCGGACCAACCCCCGAUGAGUAUGAACGAUGCACUAGCGAAGAAAGCGUUGAAGAUUAAGAUUACCGUGAUCUACUUCCCAUCUUAUCUCCCAGUUGUACAGGAGCAUCUUUUAGUAGUUGUACAACAGCAUCUUUUUUUAGCCGUUUUUAAUAGCCGUUUUUCUUCUUGCAAACGUCGGCUACGGGAAGAUGUUCCACCAGAUGGGUUGCUAGAAGUACUUCUAAGAAGAAGAAGCGAGACAAGUUCAAGCGAAUCCAAAAGUCUGCGAUGAUGCGACCUACGAGUCCUAUUCCGGAAGAAACAGAAACGAGCUCUCCAGAUGACAGUCGUCGUGGCAGUCAGGUGGUGAACAUGGGAGGAGCGGGUGGCGGUUUGGCGCUAGGUGGAGGAUUGCCGCAAGUUAAGGAUGAUGUUGUUAUAUUUUUAAGUCUGAAGAACCAGUUGUUGGACUACAUCUAGACUUCAUGCACUACGGGGUUAGUAGUCUAAAGUGCUUUCAAUUUUAAGUCUCGUGGUUGUAAGGGUAACUACUUAAAAAUAAUCUGAAAAACUAUAACGACGGAUGAAUGUAAGUACUUCUUCCAAGAAAAGACCUUUGUGCCUGCCUCUCUAACUACCCCAGUGCCUUGAACUUCGGCGGAAUGCUUGGUGGGGGUUUCGCGCUUAACCCACCUACACAAGGCAAGCAGAAGAAAGCCAAGAAGGGGAAAAAGAACAAGAAAAAUAACAGAAGGCCUUUGGUUGACACAGUGCACUCGUCGAUGCAGGUCUUAGCGGAGGAAGACGAAGACGUAGAACAGAGAGACGCUAUGAAUUCACCAGGAAGCCCAACGAAAAAUAACUUUGAACAGGUACAUUAUACUCAUUUGGAUCUUGCAGGUCUGUGUUUAGGUUUACUUCUUCAUGUGUGAACAAGACGUAGAGACCUUUAUGAAGAAUCUUUCAGCGUGAUAAACCAAAAUCGGCAAAAUCCCAUUCAUCAGCAGUGCAACAAACUAACCUCAUCAACAGUUGACCCAUCUCGAGCUCGCUGCCCUCAUCGAACAGAAAGAGCCUGGCCUACUUGUAAUCGAUGUGCGUGGACGGGAUUUCUGUGGUGGAAACGUUCCGGGUGCACGUAAUAUGCGAACAAGAGCCAUUCAGGAUGACCCAGAAUCGCUGAUCGAGGAACUCGUAAACUCUGGUGUCCGUCACGUCGUGUUCACGUGCAUGUACUCCGUGUUGCGAGCCAUCACUGUGGCCGGAUGCCUGUCGCAGUCGAUGAGCGAGAGCAAGCAAAAAAUGAAGCUGCAUAAGCUUGCAACAGCUGCUGGAAGUAGUGGUACUGCUGGAGCUGGGGAGAAUAAAGAGGAUGUUGUAGGAGAAGGAGCUGGCGCAGCAGAGCAGCCAGAUAGUGGUAGUGUUCUUGACGCAACCCCUGCUGGUGAUGUUACGACUACAACUGAAGAUAAACCGACCCAGGAAGCGGAACAGAGCGUCGAAACAAGCAAAGUAGAUGCUUCGACCAAGAAUGGCGAGGAUGAAGAGGAGCAAAUCCCUGUUGAGCAUGAGAUGUCAGCGAAGAUGCCCACCUUCCGUAUGUCGAUUUUGAAAGAAGGUUUCCAUGGGUGGCUCAACUUCUGGCGAGGUCGAGGACUCACCGGCAAAUGGGUAGAGAACUACGAUGCCACAAAGUGGGUUGAGCAAGAAGGAACGUUAAGGCUGCAAGAAAUCGGAAUCCAUCAUUGUUUCCCAACAACAUCUUCUUGCUUGGUCCUUCCGUUUUUUUUAAAGGGACUAACUAAUUAAAUAUAACGGGAAGGGGAACUAAGACGGAAUUCAAAAUGGGAGAUUUCUGGUAGUUCUAAGAACGGAAGGCAAGAGCACCUUUGUGCAUGUGAUGGAUGCGGUGUGGAGUGACAAAGGGCACCAAUUGCUUGUUAACGCUUUACAGGAAAUCGCGGCAGAUAGGGAGAGGUGGUGAAUUCAUAUUCAAAUUUAAUUCAUGAUCGUAACAAGCAGAAGAAGUGACUGUUAAUAUCAUAUUAUUGUAGCUUGUCGUCAGACAACUCAGUGCCAUGUUAUUAUAACGACAGACGUACACGACCUUCAUGUGCAUUUAUUGCCAUUAUAGACUGGUAUUAUUAAUGAAGAAAGCAUAACUUAUUUCGUACGACAUUGAUCUACGCACUUGGGAUUUUGCAGUCAUUUUCCCGUUUCGUAUGAGUCCAAAAAGACAAAUUUUAUAUUUCGGGGAUCAGUAGGGCGCCUAUGGAUUUUUGUACAGAAAAGUGGUUUUUGUAUCUUAGACCAAGUGUGACCCACCGUCUGGUCUGCAGGUUAAGUUCAACGUACUUUUUAGUCAUUUUCCACAAUCAUCAAGUUCUUAUCGUUUAUCACGUAGUACUACAAAGCGCAUCAAGUCGCCAUCGCCUGUAUCUAAUAUUCUGGAUUAUAGCAAAAUUACACCUGUAUAUGAAUGUCGUCUGACUAUAAUUUUUUGGAAACGCGGAUAGGCAUAUUACUGUGUAGAGAACGAAGAUGAACAGCAAAAAAGCAAAAAUGUUCUGCUGGAUUGUGAAAGACCCGACGUGGCAUGUAAAUAGAUUCUUUCAAAUGGUAAUAAACCAAAGUAGCAAGGUCAAACAAUUUAUUUUGAAAAAGGUAGCAAGGUGAAAGUAACCGUCGAGUCAUGCACCAGCAUAGAGAUUGCGUUUAUUUGUUCGUGAGAGUGGCAGCAGAGCGUGAGUGUAGCAGAGAGAGCGAUCUUCUCUUCGAGAUCAUGAUGUUGUGUAGAUUUAGUUACGUGGAGAAACAUUGUUG